AUGGCGCUGCAGUGCGGCUGCGGCGGCGGCGGCGGCGGAGGAAUCGCAGCCAACCUCGCGAAGGCGAAGCUAUCCUUCUACGCUGACGGCGAGGACCGCCUCAGCGCCCUUCCCGACGAUCUCCUUGUCGACAUCCUUCUGCGCCUCGUCACCACCGCCGAGGCCGCGCGGACCAGCGUGCUCGCGCGCCGCUGGCGCAGCCUCUGGGCCCUCCUCCCGGAGCUCCGCUUUCACUUCGGCCCCGAUGGCCACCGCAUCCGCGAGCUUCUCGAUGACCCUGAAGCCGCAGAUCUCCGCCGCAUCUCCGUCACCACCACCGAAGGCUCCGGUCCCGAUUCCGCUUCCGCGUCGGCCUGGCUCCCCACCGCCGCGCGCCGCCUGGCCGGUGGCCUUGUCUACCACAACAUGGUUCCCAGGAGCGACGGCGUGGAGGAGGCUGCGGGAAGAGGCGGCGGCAUUGAGCUGCCCUGCUUCGAGAAGGCCACCACGAUUGAGCUCAGGCUAGGGUUUCUCGGUCUCUUCUUGCCAUCCUCAGGCACAUUUGCGCGGCUUGCCGAGCUCAGCCUCUACCGCCUCCAACUCCAUGGCCCUUGUGAGCUCGGAGAGGUUGUAUCUUGGCCUCGGUGCCCACGCUUACAAAAGCUCAGGGUCUGCCAGUCUCUGGGGCUAGACAGUCUCUCCAUCCACUCGAAGUCCCUCCUACACAUAAGAUGGAGAGCAUUUGUGGAUUACGGCAGCUCACAAUUGUUACCCCGACUCUCAAGCAGUUCGAAUGUCCACAUCUCAGCGCCUCAGCUGGAGUCCCUGGUGUGGCUUGAUUUGCAUCAUCCACGAUCUGUCCAUCUUGGCAAUUUGGAACAACUCGGACUGCUCGGCAGUUAUUUUCUUGUGUAUGGGCAACACGACAAUAGAGAGCCUAAUCAUCAUAGUCUGAGGCUCUUGCAGCGAUUUCAGGUCCUAAACACUCUUGUUCUUUGGCUCAUUUUUCAGAAGGACAUAGAUGGGUUUGUAGAUGGGUAUGAGUACUUGAUGGGAGACAUAACAAUGCUCCCUCAAGUUACGGCCUUGCACCUGAAUGUAUUCAACCAAGGUCAUGCUUCUGGAGCGAGUUGUUUCCAUAUGAUAAGGAUGUGUACUGGUCUACAACGAUUGAAAUUAAAUUUAUAUGCUGAUACAAACUUGAAGGCACAAUCUGUCUGUCCAUUUGGCUGUGUUUGUGAUCAACCAACAGAGUGGAAGACCGAGAAACUCACUCUGACGCGCCUUGAAGAAGUAGUAAUCAUCGACAUGAAAGGGACUGACCAUGAAAUUACUCUUUUGAAACGAUUCAAUUGUGCGGUGAAUCUAAAAAGGUUCAGAUUAAUGUAUGGGUCAAGCACUACAAGCAAGGCCAAUGAAGUGCAUCGGAAGUUGCUAAGCUUUGCUAUGCCAGAAACAAACGUAACUCUGGAAGAAUUGCAAGGGUAA